UGUCUCUCUCUCACCUGUCUCUCAGUCAUCCUUCUGCUGUCGGUGGUGUCUCUGGGCGUCUCCUCUCAGCCAAUCACAGACGGCCAGCGUCUCUUCUCUAUCGCAGUCAGCAGAGUUCAACAUCUCCACCUGCUCGCUCAGAGACUCUUCUCUGACUUUGAGAGCUCACUGCAGAUGGAGGAGCAGCGUCAACUCAACAAAAUCUUCCUGCAGGAUUUCUGUAACUCUGAUUACAUCAUCAGCCCCAUCGACAAGCACGAGACACAACGCAGCUCUGUUCUGAAGCUGUUGUCUAUCUCGUAUCGUUUGAUCGAGUCUUGGGAAUUUCCCAGUCGUUCUCUGUCUGGAGGUUCUGCUCCGAGGAACCAGAUUUCCCCCAAACUGUCAGAACUGAAGACGGGGAUCCUGCUGUUGAUCAGAGCCAAUCAGGACGGAGCAGAGCUGUUCCCUGACAGCUCUGCCCUGCAGCUGGCUCCUUAUGGAAACUAUUAUCAGACGCUGGGAUCCGACGAGUCGCUGAGACGAACGUACGAACUGCUGGCCUGUUUCAAGAAAGACAUGCACAAGGUGGAGACCUACCUGACGGUAGCGAAAUGUCGACUCUCUCCAGAAGCCAACUGCACCUUGUAGCCCCGCCUCUCUGUUGAUGAUGUAAUCCUGUGUGUUCUGUAGCUCCACCUCCAUGUUCUCUGUAACUAGUCAGCCUCUGUUCAGUGUUUGGUGCUGAAA